AUGCAUGGCAUUAAAAGGAAACAGUGGACCAAGGAAUUACUGAGACAAAAGAGAGUUCAAGACGAAAAGAAAAUAUAUGAUUAUAGAAGCUUGACUGAAAAUGUUUUGAAUAUGAGAGAUGAAAAAAUUUACUCAAUUGAAGCUCUGAAGAAAACAUCAGAACUUCUUGAGAAAAAUCCGGAAUUUAAUGCUAUUUGGAAUUACAGAAGGGAUAUUAUAGCGAGUUUGGCUUCUGAGUUGGAAAUACCUUUCUGGGAUAAAGAGUUAGUUUUUGUAAUGAUGCUAUUGAAGGAUUACCCCAAAGUCUAUUGGAUAUGGAAUCACAGACUUUGGGUCUUGAAACAUUAUCCUACGAGUUCCCCUAAAGUGUGGCAAACUGAACUUGCUGUCGUGAAUAAGUUAUUGGAACAAGAUGCAAGAAAUUACCACGGAUGGCAUUACCGCAGAAUAGUUGUUGGUAACAUAGAGAGUAUCACUAAUAAAAGUCUUGACAAGGAGGAGUUUGAAUACACAACAAUAAAGAUUAACAAUAACAUUUCAAAUUAUUCUGCAUGGCACCAAAGAGUACAGAUCAUAAGCAGAAUGUUUCAGAAAGGAGAGGUUGGGAAUCAAAAGGAGUAUAUUCGGACUGAAAUAUCUUAUAUCAUCAACGCUAUGUUUACCGACGCCGAAGACCAAUCCGUAUGGUUUUAUAUCAAGUGGUUCAUUAAAAACGACAUUGUUUGUAAAACUCUGGACGAACAAGAGUACCUUAAAAUGUUGAAAGACUUGAGAGAAAACAUUCUGUUAAUAAAUAAUGACGAAAUUGAAUUUUCCGGGAAGCAAAAUAUUUGGUGCUUGAAAAUUUUAUUAGUUCUCGAAGAUAUUCUGGAAGAAAAGGAAGCUCUAACGGAAAGAAGCUCGGAACAAUAUUUGGUCCAAUUAAUAGAUGCGGAUCCGUUAAGAAAGAAUAGAUACCUACAUCUCCUGGAGCAGCAUAAGUGA